AUGGUCCAAACAAGUACUGACCUGUAUAACAACAGUGAGAAAGAUUCCCCUAAAGUUCCUAUAUCUGGGUCGUUGGAUACCGAUGUGGUUAAACAUGGUGCUGAUCAGGAAGAAGCCUCUGCGAUUGUCAACAAUGCAGAUGCUUCAUUAUCAACUUCAAAUGUGAGCUUCUCAAUGAGAAUGCUUCUGAUGUUCAAAUAUACUGAAUCCCAAAUUGCAGAUGUCCCUUCAAAGUCUGAACAAGAGAAGUCACAACAUGUAGUUGUUGAUUCUCAUGUUAACUCUGAAGCUAAGUUAAAAGAAGACGAUGUUAAAAUUGAAACUCCUGUGAAUCAAAAUAAACUACAAGCGCAAAAUGUUGUCACUCCUCCAAAAAUGGCCCAGGACCAACUUGAUGAGGCUCAAGGACUGCUUAAAACCACCAAUUCUACCGGUCAAUCAAAAAAGGCAAGACUAGCUCGGGUAAGCUCCCUAAAUUUAUUGGUUUUCCUUUUGGUGCUGAAUAUUGAGACUAAUGUGUAUUCAAGCAAUUGAAUUUCACUCUCAUGUACUACCUAUAGAAAAUAAGAGUUCAGUAC